UAUUGUUCAAUCUUUAUUUCUUUAAUUUGUUGUUUAAUUAAUUUAAAAAAUCUAGCAAUAGUAAAACUAAUUCAUUAUGCAUCAUGUGAUACUCAGAACUGAAAAUAAAAUACAACACACAAGAGUCUGCUAAAUCAUGGUGCAGAUCUUUUUCAGUCAAAUGUGGGUUUUCAUUUAUUUUCCUGACCAGCCUACAAGCUGCUGUCUCCAGGAGUUUCUUUGGUCUUUCAGAUCUUGUCUUGACCUCGACAGUUCCCCUCAAUUUCAUGAUCAUAUAUCACACUGUGAAAACUACAAGCUGACAGCGCUUUGCUGUGUUCUUGAACCCCUCCCCUGCAUUGUGGGCAUUAAUAACCUUCAUUUUCACUUUUUUUUAAAUUAUAUGAACAAAUCUAAAUGAAGUGCAUCAAAAAUGUCUCCCCAUAAGCUCCCUAUCGCAAAUGUGACUUAUUUCUGACCUGGGCCUUUUCAAAUCUCGAUUGAAAACGUAUUUAUUUAUGCUGGCUUUUAAUACCCUGUAGAGUGAUGACACUUUUACUUUAUUUUAUUGCAUUGUUUCCUAUUCUUUUUAUUGCUUUUUUUGCUUUUAAUUGUUUUUAUUUAUCUAUUUUUAUUACCUAUGUAUUGUAUUGUAUCGCUGUCCUGCAGCGAAGAGAGAGGAGCCAUCCACCACCAUUGGCCCUUUGGUCCAUCAGGGUGUUGUGAAGUGGGUGAUCGAUGUUCUUGAGAAUAGUCUCCACCUUCCUCAGUGUAGAUCUCUCCACCACAUCCUCCACUGAGUCCAGCUUGAGUCCAACCACAGAGCCAGCCUUUUUCACCAGUUUGUUAAGAUGUCUUGCAUCUUUGUGUUUGAUGCUUCCUCCUCAGCAGACUGCAAUGUAGAACAGAACACUGUAGACACCACAGACUGAUAAAACAUCUGCAGCAUCUUACUACAAAUGUCUUUUGAUCAGAAUCCUCAGGCAAAAGAGGCGGCUCUGCCCCUGUCUGUAGAUGAAGUCUAUAUUCUUAGACCAGUCCAACUUAUUAUCCAGAUGUACACCUAUGUAUUUAUAUGAUGCCACCACUUCGAUGUCCACUCCACAGGUGUUCACUGGCUGAAGAGGGGGUUUGGAUCUAUGGAAGACUAUGACCAUCUCCUUUGUCUUUGAGGUGUUGAGGAGGAGGCAGUUUUUGUGACUCCAGUCACUGAAGGCUCUUCAGAUCUCUCUAUUCAGCUUCUACAUUUCCAUUUCCUGAAAAACAUUUCCUGAAUACUAUUAUGUUUUCAUGCUCUUUAUAGCUGAGGGUUACUGGAUUAAAGGACCUAUGCCACAGUACUAAGGUGUGGAUGAACUAAAAUGAAGAAAAAAACAAAAAACACGGAGCACCUGUGGAGCAGUGACUCUACAGUAAAAUAUUCACCAACAAUCCUGCUACCCCUAAAUUAUUCCCAUUUGGUCAGUCUGGUAAAUAGACAACCAGUUAUUUCAGGUCUUGCCUUUUCAGUUUAUUCAUUUCUAAUUUGCAAAAGAGUAGCUUCUAUUGACUUUUGUAGAUGCCUAAACAAACACGGAAGUGAGCAGCAGCGAACACUCCUGCUCUCUGCGCGUGUCUGUGUUACGUGCCUUUGCGUCGUGUCGUCAUGUGUUCCCCUCGUUCUCCUCCUCCUUCUCCUCUCACUCUGGUCACACUCUCCUAACCUCAGACAUGGCUCCGUGAAGCGACACAUGGCAGCUGGAAGCCAUGAGCCAAAAAACUACAAAACUCAAGAUGACUAAAUAGCAGCAUAUGUCGGUUCUUUUGAAAACAAUUCAACUCCUGCAAUAUCCUCAACUACCAACCGGUUGUCAGUCGCUGUCAAGGGGGCAGGCGGACUACAACUCAUUCGGUUGAAUUUCCUCUGAUAUUUAGGUCCUCUGAUAACAUGGGUAUACAAGGUUUCCUAGAUUACAUUGAAAAACACUGCCCCAGCGCCGUGGUGCCGGUGGAGCUCCAGAAGCUAGCCCGGGGAAGCAUGGUCGGAGGUGGCCGACAGAGACCCCCUCAGAGUCCGCUGAGACUGCUGGUGGACGCCGAGAACUGCUUGCACCGGCUCUACGGAGGCUUCUACACCGACUGGGUUAGCGGGGGCCAGUGGAACCACAUGCUGGGCUACCUGGCCGCCCUUUCACAGGCCUGCUUCAACGGGAACAUUGAGCUCCUGGUGUGCUUCAAUGGCGCCCUGGAGAAGGGCCGUCUUCACGAGUGGGUCAAGCGACAGGUGAACGAGAGACAGACCGCCCAGCAGAUCAUCAGCCACGUCCAGAACAAGGGCACUCCACCCCCGAAAGUCUGGUUUCUUCCCCCCGUGUGCAUGGCCCACUGCAUCCGACUGGCACUCCUCAGGUUCCGCGUCGGGGUAAGUGAAGAAUCGGCCUGGCAGUGCCUGUUGAGCCGGGCCACUUUUGGGCUCAUGGGCAGGCUCUCUGAUUAGCCUAUUAGCUCCACACCACCAUGUCUUCACUGCUAGCUUUACCCACGAUAAAACCUCAAACUCCACCAAGUUGACCAGUGUGCCUCCAGGGGGGUCUGUGAUGAAGUCAGAGGCCUGCUUUUCAUAUUCAACCCCUCAUGAUUUUAGGGCAAAACUCAGGCUGUAAAGGUGUGCUCCCAACAUUAUGACAAAGGCUGGAUAACUUUAAACAUGUAAGGUGUGUUGCUGUGCAAAUAUUGUAGGAACGUCACACUGUACCGUCUUUGUGCAAAGUAGCUGGACUGGAGAGGUAAUAAGGACAAAAGCAGUCUCAUAAAAACAUACAUGAUAAUAUCAACAUCACCAGAUUUUCUGAUUUCUACCUGUGGAGUGUGAAUAUCCAUGAAAUUCUUGGUUAAACGGACCUUCUCAAUGUUUUUUAGACUUUUAGACCCCCAGCAUCAAGGAAUUGUGGUGGCCAUCUUAAACUUUUUAAAGGUUGAGGCCAAGUUAUAUUCACUGAAAUAGGUGAAUAAAUCACAGUCGUGAAAGAUUAGCUUCAGCCUGUAAAGAUUAUCAAUACAGGAACUCUACAAAAUACAGAAACUCCUACAGGAAGGUUAUUUAUUGGUCAUUUUUAUCAUGUUUCAUAUCAAUAGGUAUAUAUACAGUAUAUGUUUGCUGCUCCACAUCACAUGCAAUAUUUUUGUCAAUUGUUAUUUUUCGUUAUUAGCUAUUAGAAUAAUGUUCAGGUAGGGUCAUAUACCUCACAAUACCAUUCAGUGGGCAAUGCAAAUUUAAGAUCUAGGAAAUGUUUCCCCAAGUUUAGUUUUUCAGAGCAGUUUUGGUUCACAAAAAAUGUGUCAUUUAAGAACUCUAUCCUUUCACUCAGCAAUAUUAAAGAAAAGGUAUGGCGACCAGCCACUUAUAGAUGUGCGAAGGACACCAUAAAGUUCCUGUACUCUACCCAGAAAUGACAUAGACUGUGUUUUUGAUCGCUCUAUUUUCUGGGUUGCUUUGCACGAGGAUUUUCUUCCCUGUAAUCAAGCUUUCACAUCUGCUACCUACAGGGGUAUGGACACAUUUGGAUUUACAGAGCACAGCCAACAGGAGCGCCCCUCUUUCUGAAAGGACCUGGGAUUGGCCAAAGGGUUACAUAAUGAGUCAGGGUAUUGCAACAAAAGCCAUGAGGAGUUGCAAAGGCUAGUUUUCCUUUAGACUGGUUGAAGUUGGAGUGCUAGGUUGUUUAGGCAUGUCAGCCCAAUGAUGCUGAUAAAAAUGGUUUAGUGAUAUAUUAUUAUUUUGACAAUGUUGUAAUGUAUCUGUCAUCAAAAAAAAAAAUCUAUCUAUGGUGUGAGUAUUUAUAAAGUGAUGCUGGAUCAGUUUCUUUUGGCACAUCCUCUGGGUAAGAUUCAAAUACAGCCUGUUAUUUAAAUCCCUGUCUUUGAGUAUCCAAUCAGCAGUGUAGGGCUUAUUGACUAAGAGCUGCUCAAACAAGACUGUACCUGGUUUGUAAUCCUGUUCCUCUAGCUUUCUCUUAAGUGCCUAAUGCACCAUGUCUGUUUAAGAGGUUUAUUUGAGGCUUUACCUUCUAAAGCUCUAUUCUUGUCUGGGCCACUCCUCAGGUUGUCCAGAGCAUUGAGGACCACCACCUGGAAGUGAUAGCCUUAUGCAGGGAGAACGGCUUCCAUGGCCUGGUGGCCUUCGACUCCGACUACGCUCUGUGCAACAUCCCGUGCUACUUCAGCGCGCACUCCCUCAAACUCAGUCGCAACGGCAAAAGCCUCACCACCAGCCAGUAUCUGAUGCACCAAGUGGCACGGCAGCUUGAUCUCAACCCAAAUCGUUUCAUCAUUUUCGCAUCGCUUUUAGGUUGGUGUGAACCCACUGGACAGAUGAGAGUUGGUGCUGGGAGUUGAGAUGAGGGUUGCUCAAACAGAUAUGCUGUUUUGUGUUUUACAGGAAAUCACAUACUGCCUGAUGAAGACUUGGCUGCCUUUCACUGGAGCUUACUUGGUCCAGAGCAUCCAUUAGCAUCUUUGAAGGUAAAGAUUUCAACAGAGGUGACAAAUUACCACACUGGUAAUCCCAUGCUGUGUGCCCUCUGGAAAGUUCCACUGAUUUUUGAACUGAAAUUUGUUUUAACCUAUGACUCAAACUACUUCAGCUGUGUGAUGUUUUUUGGGAUGAUGUCUUUUGAUGAUGAGAAAAAGGAUGUAGAGUUGUUGGAGCUAGACUCAUGUCUGGCUUUGCCUUGCUCAAUUCUUGUCUGUAUUAUUUUGUCACUUGAAGAAGUCCUGUCUUUAAUCUUUUUUUUACAUCAGCCGUUCCAAACUGUCAUUCAGAUAGUUAUUCUCCGGUUGAUAAGUAUUGAUUAAUGCAUGAAAUGAUGUGAUGUUGGCUUUUUCCACUGAAGCACAGACAUCAUAUCACACAGGUGCUCGAUGUGAAACAACUGAAACUGGUGGACCUAUGAGUUCAUGCAGGCCCCUGAAUAAUCAGCUGAUUAACAGUGAGACCCGUCUUAGUCCUGUUAUAACAUUGAUUCAAAAGGCUUGUUGGAGUAUGGAUAUUCUAACAUUUUGAAAAUAUGUGCUGGCUCAGUUUUCUUUGCUGUUUUUUACUAAGCUUUUAAGACCAGACUCGAUACAAAGACUAGAUUUGUACUCCUAUUCAGCAAAGGAGAGUCUGUGGUCUUUAUUUUCAAUAUAGGAUCUAUACACAUAUUGAGCUGAGCCUUUUGGUUUGUAAUAGGGACAUAAAGUACUCAAAAAUCUGAGUUUCUUAAUGGCCAACAGGAUUUCACUGCUCUGGUUGUAGCUGAUUAGAACAUUAUCCCACUUCUCUCUUGAUUAAUUACCCCAGUUAACAUUUUCCGGCUGGAUGAAUGGUCUUUAUUGUUGUUUCCAGUCAUAUUCAUCUCAUAAUUAUGUCCACUCUGGAAAUUACAGCUCCAUUUAUAAAUACAACACAGUAUUUUAUUUAUCCCCAAAGGGAAAUAUAUUUGCAGUUUGUGUACUUGUCACGCAUUUUAACCUCCUAGUGUGCUUGUAGGAUUCUAUGUUCUAAAGUACGCAUAUUGUUUGAUCUCGCUGUGUGCUUUCGGCCAAUCAGAACGCUUCAUUUUCACUCAAGCACUCGCCCCUCCUAGUCAGGCUUUGCCCCUCGGUUUAUUUUACUGCUGUAGGCUUGGUUGGAAUGGCAGAACCGCCUGAAUAAGAGGUUCGGAAGCAGCAAAAGUUUCUUGACAGCUAUAGAAAGAGAUGGCCAUGUCUCUGCAUGUCCAAGUCACCAAAGAGCAACAGGUUGCGUUAGCUCACGGUUACUCAUCGUGCGGCUCAUGCGGCUCAUCAAGCUAUAUAGGUGGCGCACAUGGUAGCUUCCAAUGUAGAAACACAGCCAACACAUUUUUUCAAAUGCGCUAUAUGAACAUACAUUAUACUCCUCCCUUCACCCAAAUAAUAAAGGUGAAAGGAAGAAUUUUAGGUCUUAAUGUUGCUUCCUAAAGGGGGCAUUGUCAAACCUGGCAACACAGCCCGCAUGCCAUGUGGCAACGUUUAUAGUGCUUGACCGAAGUGCAUGUUUGCAGGCAGGCCAUGUUAGUUCUGCUAGCGAGCGUGAAACACAAAAUGGACAGUUUUUAUUUUUAACUGUUUUAAUCAUUUUUCAAUUAUUUAAAAAAAAAUGCAAUGUUGUGUUGUAACAAGUUCAGUGGUGGUGGUUGGGGGGUUGACAGUGGGGAUCACCCCUGGGUUCGGGAGGGGGUUGGGUAGUACUCAUAAAAAGUUGGCAGGUCUGUUACUGUGGUGUACAAGUAGGUAGAAGGCAGUAGGUGAUGUCAUGGCGGGUACUUCUUCGUAGUGACUCUCUACAGGUUUAAGGCACUGAGAUGAACAUCUUUUUUUACGGUCAAGCACUUGUGCAACUAAACUUCUUUAUUACAACAAAUCAAUCUGGAGCUGUCCACGAGCUUGGAGGGAGUUGAUGACUCUGCGUUCUAAGGCACCAGCUGCCACCUCUCUAGGUGUCUUCUAUUUGAUUUUUUCUACAUUGGCCAGUAUACAGAAAUAGAAUAUUCGGGGAGUAAUGAACAGCUCAGACAAACAGUUGUACAACAGAAGUGCCAGGCUGUUUCAGGGCACUGUGUGUAAAUGGUUCAGCUGUUGAGUUUGAAAUGACUCGCUGUGAUUAAACAUAAAGCCAUCUGUUUCACAUGUACAGCUCCACUGAGACGGACACAUCACAUUAAGCUACAAGAUGACAACACAUCAGGCCUCCAUAGAGCACACACACAUGCACGCUCACGUGUUUUCACGGGUGUCUCUUCAUUUCUUUAUAAUAAUGAUGAUAGAAGGUCUAAUGUUUGCCUUGUAUUAUAGCAGCUCCAUUUACAACAAACAAGACAAAAACCAAAGAUACACACUUGAGAAAACAACAUCUGAUACUCCUAACUAGUGGUGCAACGGAUCACAACACUCACGGAUCGGAUCGUUCCUCGGAUCAAGAGUCACGGAUCGGAUCAUUUUUCGGAUCAGCAAAAAGCAGUUUUGUCUGUAUAUUAAACACUUAAAUGGUUGAAUUAAAAUAUAUAAAAGUAGUGCAUACGCGUAAUAUCUUCUAUUCAACAUAAUUAUUAAUGAAAAACAACUUAAAGUGCAAUAUAUAGGCAUAUCUCCUUCCUUUAAAAUGUAACAAUGAACCAAAAAUGAAGUAUGUGCGCGGUGGGAUAUUGUAACGUGGCUCAAGCACUUUCAGCAUGUUUUUAAAGCCCUCGUUUGCACAACUGAAUAUGGCCUCAUGUCUGUAGCUAUAAACACACUGAUAGCGUUUGUGAUAGCUUUAACCCGGUCGGAUUGCGCAGGAAGAGGCUGCUUAAAUGCUGCGGUGAUGAGCGGUUGCUGGCCAGCUUUCGUUUUAUCUCAGGUGUUGUGACAUAGAAUGCACCCCUGUCGUAGAAUGCACCCCCUGACGGGAGCGCGGUUUAAAGUACAUAACGAGGCGAAAUAAUCCAAGUUUUUCUUACAUUGGAUGGAUUCAAAAGCGUUUGCCUGUAAUAAUUUCAUUCAGGCUAUUCAAAGAAGCCAAAAACAACAGCCCUUGGAAUAUUGCUGUCCCGAAAAUAUAAUGCUCUCUACCUGGACAGCUUUCUGUACAGUUUAUACCCAAGUACACCUCUAUAUUUGCAUUUUUGAGACACAUAAAAAGAAAAUGAAAGUUUGCUGCUCCAUUUGACAUGUUGUCAUGAUCUAAUACUCGUGUUUCUUUAAAUAUGAGAUCAUUAUCUCCACUUUAAGAAGCUAACGAGUGGAGGGGAUGCAGGGGUGCAUUCUACGGCAGGGGUGCAGUCUACGGCACAACACCUGUCAUUAAAACACCCGGGUGAUGUCGCUUUCAAAUGCGUGAACAUGCUCGAUGUGUUUCCACUGUCAUAUGGCUUUCUUAUGCCACAGUGCCUACACACCUUCGCAGUUUUGUCCACUGACCUCUUUCCUUCCUCAUCAUAGUUGACAGGGAAGCCAAAUUUUUUUUUUCAGAAAUCGAACCGCGGGUAACGUGUGUGCCGAACCGAUGACGUCGAUCCGAACGGAUCACGGAUCAAUGAUGAUCCAUUGCACCACUACUCCUAACUGUGUAUUUACAGGCCUUUAACAACUUCUUGAUCUUGGAUUCAGCUCCACACUCAAUUUUAGGAUUGACGCAAGUACAAAAGAGUGCUUCAGUCUGACCUUAAAGGGAUAUUCUGGCAUAAAAUAAUGCUAGGGUCAACACAUAGUAACACUGAGUUAGACACCUUCUCGAGAGAUGAAUGUUGCUGACUGCUUGCUUCUCUAGUUAUACCAACUUCAGCAACAACCGCAGAUAGCAAUACACAGCGGUCUAUGUCUCUAUGCGCAAACCUCAACCAAAAAGCCACUCUAUAGCCACAAAUAAUGCUCAGAACAGCACCUAAUUUCAUCUACGGUACAUAUAGGGUCCCAGCCAUAGUACUAGCCAUUAAACAUCUUUUUAGCUUUGCCUGAUUUCUUUAUCAAAAAGACUAAACACAACUCACCCACUCUCCUCCAGCAGCCGCUUGUCUGUGGGGGAGCCCUGACGAGUCGAUCACUGAGUGCAGCAGAUAAUUUUGCAAUUAUUAACUUUUACAGCAAGUGGACAAAGGCUAAGGCAGUGAGUUUAUUUGUUUACUGCCGUUUAGCCUACCACACUGACAAAGACAGGCCAUUCAAUCAUUCAUGGAUGUUUUUAAAGUCCUCUCAUGACUUGAUUCAGUUGUUGCUGGCUGUCACAGGUUGCAUCUCCACAUGUAUUUGUUUCCAUAGCGUAGCUGUUUUAUUUUAAUAUUGCACAAGACCCUUUUCCUUUAUUAUGUGUGUUUGUAAUGGGAGUGGCUGUGUUGUUGCUCCUUAGGUGCGUGCCCACCAGCUUGUGCUCCCACCCUGUGAUGUUGUGAUCAAGGCUGUGGCCGACUACGUCCGCAACAUCCCAGACAUCAGCGACCUAGAGGCCAUUGCCAAGGACAUCUUCAAGCAUUCACAGGUAGGUAAAGUAGAGCUGCACACAUGUCGGUGAGUUUUGACUCAGACUGUAAUCUGACAUUCUGUUUAAAGGUCAUCUAGCCUACCCGGACUAAUUUUAUCUGAUUUUAUCUGCUGACUGUUUUUUAUGUUGACUGUUUUUUAUUGUUUUGCCCUGUUGCUUGGUUUUUACUGUUAUUGUUGUCUUGUUGUGCACUUUGAGAUUUGUUUUUAAAUGUAAAGUGCGUUACAAAUAAAAUCUAUUAUUAUUAUUAUUAUCUACAUAUACAGUGUUUUAAAACAUGCAUCUUUCUGCAUGUAUUGUACUUCUACAGUACACAACAAAGACUGAAAUUUUAACAAUUCUCUUGUUUGUCUUGUUUUCCUUUUAGUCGUGCAGUGACGACAAAGUUGUCCGCUUUCAGAAGGCAGUGGAGUACUAUUCAGUCGCCAGCAAACCUCUUCAUGUUCCUCUGCAGUUUGGUGGGUUUCUUUAUUUCACUACUGUCUGAACACGAAGCCUUGACUAGGAAACAGAAGGUGCUGGCAGUCAGCAGCUUUGGACUGAAUAUUGAGCAGACAGAUGCAGAGGUAUCCAAAUUUGCACCAGGAAAUCUGCUUAGAGUUAAAACUUAGUUUUCUUUUUGCUGGAGAGAGCAUUUCGAUGGCUAUGCUCCUAAAAGACAGACACAGGAUGACAGAAAAAGGCCACGUAGAGACCAAAGGUGCACUCUUUGCUGUUUGAUGGCUUUCCAUUCAAGACAAUCUAAUGUUGUAGCUUAUUUGAUUAAAGGCCGGAGAUUUGCAAACAAAUACGUGACUGGUCUGCCAAUACUGUCACCAUAUCGUGCCCUUUGUGUUGUUCUGUCAGUCAAAUGCAUUUCUGCCAGGGCUGUCCCCAAGUGAAGACUUCAGAGACCAGUUGCCUUCAGUAGAUGCCACAUGUCUGCAUUCUUACAAUAUUUUACUAUUUAGACCCAUUUUUUUAAAUCACACAAAUCUACUUAAAGUGUUCUCAGUUGUCUUUAAGUUUUGCUUCUGAAGUUUUUUUUUUUUUUUUAGCCAAAAUCUUGUUACCUGUGUCAUUUUCAAGGGCUUUUCUCCUGCAGAGCUCCAGUAGCUUAUUAGCAAUUUGCCUCUGAGUCGUGGGCGGAGACAGCGCUGCUCUGCACACUUCUCCUCUUCAUGCUAGCUUGCAGCCUAACAUUGCCGGUGUAGUAGAAGAAGCAGGUAACACAGGAACUAUUCAGCUCUCAGACACAAAUGUCUUUGGGGGCAUUAUGAAAGUCAAUAUCAUAAUUAGCUUUCUUACGAGCAUUACAUUUCGCUAACUUUCACACUUUUUCGCGAUCAUCCUCUCUAUUUUUGCGAGUGUGGCCUGCAUUGCUAAAAAAUGCAAUUUCACAUUUUCUUUUCUCAUGAUCCGUCCUGUAGCAUCAGGAAAAUGCCAUAUGAACAUGUAGACAGCAAGAAAAACAUGAUUUUCAUCGGAGUGGGUCUUUAAACGCAUCAUUUUCUUAAAACCCUGUAAUUUUAAUAGUUAAUCAUGACCGUACCUUGUUGUUCCUCUCUGGUAAAAACAUAUCCGGCUCAUAUUUGCGUUCAUUUGUUGUUCCAGUCAGACCAAAAUCCAUGGGAGUGCCUGCUGCAGUGCCACCUCCAAAGAUGCUCCACAUUCCACAGGUGCCGCUGCCCAUUAAACCAGAGGUAUGAGAAAUAACAGUUUGUAGUUCUAGUAACAGGAGGUUCAGCUUUAUAACAACCACUUCAAGAUAUAUAAAUGCUGUCUGAGAUCAAUACAGGGAUGAUCUCCUGUGUCUAAGACAGGCACUGCAGGUAGUUACAGAGACAGAGCGAUGAAUUUGUCAGUAUGUCCCUCUUUGUAGUGCAAUGAUUGGGGACAACACCUCAUCUCAAAUGAUCCCGUUUGUUUAAACAGUAUAGUGCACCUGAUUGUUGCACCGUCAGUUUCGGAUUACUACUACCAAGCUUCGCUCUCACAUGGAUCUAAGUCUGAUCCGUCAUUCUACCCUUUAGGUCCAUUAUCCCUUCAUGGAGCCUUUAGUGGAGCCCAGCCUUACUGUGGACUCUAUUGAUAAAGACCUCCCAGAGCAGAACAGCUUCAGCAACAUUCCUAAUGAAGGGAAGCACACACCGCUGUACGAGAGGGCCUCUCCAGUACACCCAGGCAAGACCAAAAGCCCCAUCCACACCAGGGCCCCUCUCCUCAACGCCUCCUCUGCGUCAUCAUCCUCGGAGAAUGAAGAGAGCUCAACUGCCAAGUAAGUUUAACGCAGAUCAGGAUCCAAAAGGGUCUGCUACUAUCUCCUGUCAUGGAAGAAAGUCUCAACUCCUUCUUUCCUGUAUUUCUAUACAUCUUUUUUUUACAGUGCACCUGCACUCAACAUGUGAUUUAUUAUUGCUAAACUAAAUAUACACUUCAAAUUCAUGGAAAAUGUAAGAAGUUCCUGUCACCCCAUUGAUGAGGAGAUGCUGAUUCUAGAGGUCUAGAAGUGGAUUUCCUCCUCUGGAAGGACACAAUCAACUGCUUAUAUGGUUAUGUGGCUGUCUUUAUACAGACAACUCAUUAUCGCACGACUGCAUGUGAAUCCGCAGGUUCUUGUGAGUUCUCGCAAUUCCUGCUGUCUGAAAUCCGCCACGAAAUUUGCCUCACAAACACAUCCAGUAGGAAUUGGUGGAUGGAGAAAAUUGCUGCCGUUCCUCAGCGGAGCCGCUCUGGAUGCGGUGCAAGUCGAGGGUUAGGUAUCAUCUUGCUCUCAUGAUGCCAAAAUGUGAACAGCAUGAUGAAGAGGACCGUUAAAAUACAAAUUGUCCUUGAACUGGAACAUUUAGAAGUAGAUUUAUGGAUCGGACACUUGUGAGUUUUCUGGUCAAUGACCUUGUUAGAGAACAGCACCUUAUGCAGUAAAUACUGAAACACAGCUGGAAAAGAGCAUUCAAAAGUUUAGAGAAGGUCAAAUUAAGUUCACCUGUAAAGGUCAAAGUGCAUUCUGAAAUUUCAUCUGAAAGCCAGAUAUCCCUGUCUUGUUGUGAGUAGUGAACGAGGAAAUAUAUGCGAUCAAAAGAAAGUUCCUCAGCGUCACUAAGUGGUCCAUCAACUCUGCUUUAGAUCAGCAUUUUACUCUGUAUUUUCAGAAAACAAAACCCUGACUCCUGAUGACAUAUUUUAGUAAAAGAACAUCUGAACUCAACCCAGAAAUACAGGUGUGGCGGUGGAUUUCUGGGUUUGUAGUCAUCUUAAUAAAAUGUAAUCUGGUGCUCACUUGAUGGGAGUGACAGACGCUCGUUUUAACUCCUCGAGUAAACAGCUGUUGAUUUUCAUUCCUUGCCAGAAACACAUUUGAUCAGGGGUUUGUUGCUGCUGUUGCAAAAUCUGAGUCACAUGUACGGUGUUGUUCAGUCAUCUUAGUGACCAUAAGGGAGGAUGGGAGAAAAACGGACACUCCGCACAUUAUGAAAACCCAGAAGAGGUAGACCUGGAGGACCAAACAAAAGUGAGUAAAUCCUCAGAAACCCCCCUCUGCCUGGUCAGGCAUCUUGCCGGCUAACUAACCAUUGUGUCCUUUUUGUUCUUAGGGCGACCCCUGUGUAACCUUUGCCUCGAGCCCAGGGUCACAGUCCACAGGUCCCCACAGUGUGAAUCCACAGAUCCCCUCCCUUCUGUCCAUGCCCACCAGGAACCACAUGGACAUCACCAUCCCACCUCUCCCUGCGGUUGCUCCUGAAGUACUGAGGGUGGCUGAGCACAGACACAAGAAGGGCCUUAUGUACCCGUACAUCUACCAUGUUCUCACCAAGGUCGGGCUCAUUUACACUUUUCUUUAUCAGAACCGUCAGUGUGAGUGUUUGGAUCAACAGAAAUCCAGCACAAUAAUACUGUGUUUUGCCAAAAGGCAUACCCAGACAGUAUUUGACCUGUGGGGUCUCUGGACUCUGCAGUCAGCUGUGUCUGGCAUCCUGUAGCAUCUAGGUAACAGUGUGUCUUUGCAGGGAGAGAUUAAGCUAUCUGUCACCAUUGAAGAUGAAGCUAACAAAGACCUGCCUUCAGCAGUGCAGCUGUUUCGGCCCAUCCGUCAAUAUGUUUACGGAGUACUCUUCAGCCUGGCAGAGGCCAGGAAGAAGGCUGAGAGACUCGCCAUGAGGAAGAACUGCCUCCCUGAAUGUGAGUCCUGUGGUUAGAGAGCACCUACAUGUCACUGUUUCACACCCCAGGCUUUCGGUUUCUUGACAGGAGCUUAUUAAGAGUCUCAGAACAGGUAAUUGGUUCUGAAAGGCCCGGUAUUCCCAGGAUUUGAAUCGUUGGUCUAGAAAAACCAUGACUGGCUUUCAUAUAAGAUGACCCUGAUUAUAAGAUGGCUGCCCCCCCUUUUCAGAAAUAAUCUCUCGAGAUGGACUCAAACCUUAUUUUUACAAAAACUUAUCUAACAAAAUCAUUACACAAACACGUUGAAUGUCUUUUGAAAGUUACGGUCACAUUGAAGUGAAAUCAAGUGUGAUCAGGGUGUAAAUGAAGUAUCAGUAUUUUAAUACUAUCUGUUAUAUAUCCUGCUUAUCCCAUUCAGGGUCACAGGUAGGGGGACAGCCAGGAAAGGCCUCUUGCCUUAUCACAGGGGUUAGCCUUGUCAUUUUAACACUUUCAAAGUGAACAUAACCUGCAGUUUAUUGGAUGGAGAUGGUUCUUCUAAAAGACAUUCAUUUUUUUUUAGUUUUGAAGUUUUUAAUUUGAGUUUGUUUUAGUAACUGAGCCACACGAGUGAAGACGACUUGCAGACCAGUCUAAAUCUUAUGCUCUUUUUUAUUUUAUAUCAUUAAAGGGAUAUCCCAGCGUAAACUUAAGUUAUGGUCAAAAACCCCAUAACACCAAGUUAGACACCCCCGUGAGAGAUGAAUAUUGCCAACUGCUCGCUUGUCUAGGUCAACCGACUUCAGCAACGACCGCAUGAUAGCAGUACACAGCGGUCUAUGUCUCCACACGCAAACCUCAACCAAAAAGCCACUCUGUAGCCACAAAUAAUACUCAGAACAGAACCUAACUUCAUCAACAGUACAUAUAGGGUCUCAGCCAUAGUACUAGCCAUCAAACAUAUUUUUAGCUUUCUUAGCUUUCUUUCGCAAAGAGACUAAACACAACUCACCCACUCUCCUCCAGCAGCCACUUGUUUUUGGGAGAGCCCUGACGAGUCGAUCACCAAGUGCAGCGGAGUUUCGCAGCUCAAGGAAGAACAUUUAUGAUUAUUACUUCAUGGAAAUACAAUCAGAGUUCUUGUGUAUCUUGUACGUGCACUGCAGAUGCAGUAGUUCUUCUGCCUUAGUGUCUCGCUCUGAUUGCAUUUCCAUGAAGUAAUAAUCAUAAGUUUUCCACUGUGUCAGUAAUUUUCCAGAGCCCAAUCUCAGCCAAAUAGGGGUACUAAUAUUUUUCUGCGUGGGCAUCCAAGAUCUUGACCUACUAGUUGUGGAGUUGAUUCCCUGUCUCAGCAGUUUUUGGUGCAUAUUUCUCUAAAGCUUUUCAGUCAUACAAGGGCAAAAAAGCCUAUUUUUUACGAAGGAAAAAGCAAACCGGAUAGAAAGACCUGCCAAUAAACUGGUUUUGGAAACAAUUGACAGAGAAGUGAUAAAGGAAGAAGUGCCUCAAACUCAUGAUCGGGGCAGAUGCUCCGGUCAUUGCCUCUGACAUCAGUGCGGAAAAAGCAUUUGAUAAGGUUGACUGGCCCUUUUUAGAAAAGAUCCUCAGCUUUAUGCUUUUCAACAAUAGCUUUGGCCUGUGGAUUAGGAUGCUUCACCGAAACCCUAAUGCAGGAGUGGCGCAAGUCGGCACUGCUAAGUAUUUUUUCUGUACAAGCCAUAAGAUGUGUUAUCACCCUCCUGCACACAGCAUUAAACACAUGGCUGAAUGAAGAAGAACAAUUCUCUUUAGUGGGUAUCUGUUAAAAAGAAAGGUCACAUAAAUUGGCGGUUUUGGAGAUAUAUUAAUUAUCUUAGAAACUUCAUUACCUCUGUCCCAGCCCUCCUACUUAGCCUCCAGUGAUGUGAAGAGUUGAACUAAAGUAGUGCCCUAAUGAAAGCCAACACUGCCAUUAAUACUCCAACAAUACCAAUCUGUGUCUACUGUUCUCAUAGCACAGUCAGGUACUUGAUUAGUACAACAGAUCAUACACAAUGCAUAACUGGACAAAUUACAGAGAAAGAGUGGCCUAAUUACAGGAAGGACAGAGCAUCCAGGCCGGCUCUACAGCAGUGGGCAGGAUGGUUAAACAUUCAUUUAUGUUAUGUGAAAUUAAAGUCAAUAAAGUCAACUCUUGUCCAUGAUUCCCCAUGCCUGAAAGAGUUUGGCUGAUAUCAAGUACUGAUUGACUUACAGCUCUGAUACAGUGUUUUGCACUUUGCCUUUAAACUCUUUGGGUCAUUUGACAAAUCACUUAAUAUCACUUAUCGUGAUAUUCUUAUGCUUUAUCGUGAUACACAAUAUGUAAUUUCACAGUAUGAAAUAACGCCAGUAUUAUGAUUCAAGCAGGCCUUUUUAAGUUAAAUUGAAUCAACAUUAUAUUUUGAACCAGCUACUGUUGCUGAUCAGCUUUCACUAAGUUCAUAACAUAUUAGGAAUUUCCCAGUUUGGGAUCAAUAAAGUCUAUCUAUCUAUCUAUCUAUCUAUCGUUUUAUCGUUCUAUCGUUCUAUCUAUCUAUCUAUCUAUCUAUCUAUCUAUCUAUCGUUUUAUCGUUCUAUCGUUCUAUCUAUCUAUCUAUCGUUCUAUCGUUCUGUCGUUCUUUCUAUCGUUCUAUCAAUCGUUCUAUCGUUCUAUCUGUUGUUCUAUCUAUCUAUCUAUCGUUCUAUCUAUCUAUCUAUCGUUCUAUCUAUCUAUCUAUCGUUCGUUCUAUCGUUUUAUCAAUCGUUCUAUCUAUCUAUCUAUCGUUCUAUCUAUCUAUCGUUCUAUCUGUUGUUCUAUCUAUCUAUCUAUCGUUCUAUCUAUCUAUCUAUCGUACUAUCUAUCUAUCUAUCGUUCUAUCGUUCUAUCUAUAGUUCUAUCAUUCUUUCUAUCGUUCUAUCUAUCGUUCUAUCAAUCGUUCUAUUGUUCUAUCAAUCGUUCUAUCUAUCUAUCGUUCUAUCUAUCUAUCGUUCUAUCUAUCAAUCGUUCUAUCUAUCGUUCUAUCGUUCUAUCUAUCGUUCUAUCGUUCUAUCUAUCUAUCGUUCUAUUGUUCUAUCAAUCGUUCUAUCUAUCUAUCGUUCUAUCUAUCUAUCGUUCUAUCAAUCGUUCUAUCUAUCGUUCUAUCUAUCUAUCGUUCUAUCUAUCGUUCUAUUGUUCGUGGUGCCUUCAAGACAGCAUUAGUUCUUCCAGGUACACUUGCAGGGCUGUACAGUAACUUUUUUGUCCAUGGCGAUGGUGCUGCAGAGUUUUACAAUCUUGUAGCAUAAGACAAAAACUUGUAGCACAAUAUAUGACAUGACUGUAAUAUUUUAGAUCCCAGGAUGGUGAGCACUAAUGCUGAUCUCUUCACAGAUACACACGUCCUUGUCAAAGAGUGGGCUGCCUACAAAGGCAAGUCUCCUCACACUCCGGAGCUGGUGGAGGCUCUACCCUUCAGGGAGUGGACCUGUCCGAACCUGAAGAAGCUGUGGUUGGGGAAAGCUGUAGAGGACAAGAACCGCAGGAUGAGAGCGUUCCUGGCUUGCAUGCGCUCUGACACUCCGGCUAUGCUGAACCCGGCCAACGUCCCCACACCCCUCAUGGUGCUCUGCUGUGUGCUGCGGUGAGUUGACUGCUGAAAUCCGGCACAGUUGGCACACACUGAUACAUGUCUGGGUGAAGUCAAAUAAUAGAGAGUGAGUGAGUGAGGGAUGAUUCAUUAAGACAGAGUUAUAACGAUGUUAACCUUCUUUGUUUUGCUUCAGGUUUAUGUUACAAUGGCCAGGAGUAAGAAUUUUGCGUCGUAACGAACUUGACGCUUUCCUAGCCCAGGCUCUUUCUCCUAAACUUUAUGAGCCUGACCAGCUGCAGGAACUGAAGGUGAUUGUGUAGUGUUACUGAUAUGAGGAGUGUUAGAGAGACGUCUUAAACUACAUAUAUGUCUGCAUUAGGGUUUAUUUUCAUUUCUUUGCAGUCUGAGUCUUCAAGUAUUAAAAUACUCACAAUUUCACCUAAAUAGAUGAGACAAUGAGCUCGCCCCUGUCCAAUGUUUCUCUGGACACUCCUCAUAUUUUGCAGAUAAAGCAACCAGCUCCACAAAACCCUGUUUUGUUGGAGCUUGUUGUUCCUGAAGCUCUAGCUUUGCAUUAAAAUAAAUCUUUGUGUAGAGCUUUAAGUGACUCGCAGGGGUUCUCGUGUCAUGUGUGGAUGGUUUAUCAAGUCUCAGAGUGCUCGUGUUUUGUUCUCAUUUUGGCCUUUUGUUGAUAUAAACCAUCCACACAAGCUGUCCGCUUUGGUCCUUGUGGUCUGUCUGUGUGUAGCUCUGUCAGCCUGUCUGCUCUCUGCUGUGCCAGAACAUCUAGGUUGUGUCUGCUGGCUUUUUUGUGUUGGCUGGAUUAGGAUGUGUACUGCUGUAUUUGUGCAGCCAGGAGUGAAUGAGCUGUUUACGCUUGCUCUGCGCUUUGCUCUGCACCUCUGGUAGACGAUUGUGUUGUCUUUCUUUGAUUGUUUUUUAUUAGGGAUGUUUUUAAUGAGUCUAGGUGUUCCUCUUCCAUAGAUCGACAACUUGGACCCUCGAGGAGUCCAGCUGGCUGCUUUGUUCAUGAGCGGGGUGGACAUGGCUCUCUUUGCCAACGAUUCAUGUGGACAGCCUAUACCCUGGGAGCACUGCUGCCCCUGGAUGUACUUUGACGGCAAGCUGCUUCAGAGUAAACUAAAUCAAGCCAACAGGGAGAGGGCCCAGCUCAUUGACCUCUGUGAUGGUCAGGUAACUUCACACACACACACACACACACAUCACACAAGGCAGCAGACUUCAGCUGUCCUGGAUGAACUCACCCUUACAGACACACACCCGCUUUAACUCUCCAAUCACAAACUCCUGCCUCUUACAGCCCGCCAUAUUUCUGUUUCAUUUUCUGGUUUGUUUUAAAGUUUACCCCUUAAAGGGAUAUUUCACACCAUAACACCGAGUUAGACGCCCCCUCGAUAACUGUUGACAACUGCUUGCUUCUCUAGUUAUACCAACUUUUGUAUCGACCGCACGAUAGCAAUACACAGCGGUCUACGUCUCCAUGCACAAACCUUAACCUCAACUGAGCCACAAAUAAUGCUCAGAACAGCACCUAACUUCAUCAACAGUACAUAUAGGGUCCUUGCCAUAGUACUAGCCAUCAAACAUCUUUUUAACUUUGCCAGAUUUCUUUAGCAAAGAGACCAAACACAACUCACCCACUCUCCUCCAGCAGCCACUUGUUUGUGGGGGAGCCCUGACGAGUUGAUCACUGAGUGCAGUGGAGUUUCGCAGCUCAAGGAAGAACAUUUAUGAUUAUUACUUCAUGGAAAUGCAAUCAAACAGAGACGCUAAGGCAGAACAACCGCGUCUGCAGUGCAAAAUGAUUUAUAUGAUGAUUAUUACUUCAUGGAAAUGAUCUGCUGCACUCUGUGAUUAAAAUUACGUUUUGUAAAAAGUGCAGAAUAUUCAAAAUAAAGCUAUUGACAAAGUGCAGAGUGUUCAGGAUAUUAGUUAUGUUCAUGCAUAGUGAACAGAGAGUAGGAAGUGUAUACAAAACCAGUUUGUAGUGUAGGAUAUUGCAUAGGGUGUUACACAGUUUAACUAAAUACUGCACAGUAGAGCUGCCUGAGGUACAUGAUGGUCUCAUCAUGUUCAGCAGCUUCAACAUUUUCUUGUCCAUCACGGUCUUCACCGCUGUACAAACAAAGUGGAUUAGCCAACAUAAGGGGCUGUUUGUACACCGCGAGUUUGACUGAGUAUGACAGUUCUUCAGGCCUGUAGACAGAGGCAGAUGGGAAGACUUUCCGUAAACUGUAAAAUCAACACAUUGUUCUCCACACUUUCAUGACUUUCUGUCUUUAGAUAAAAAGAAGAAUGCUCACAAAGACUACACAGUUCACCUAGAUCCCAUUUUUCACAAGAAACCCUAGUGAUCACUAACCAACAGAAUUCAUUCUUCCACUCCAAAUCGGUUCGAAAACAGUUGUGUUCAGGGAGUAGUCCAUCCAUGUAGACAAUUUUUCCUUUAAGAUUAGUGAAAUUUCCCAUGUUUUGUGAAAGUGGCUUUCUUGAAAUGUUCUGACUCCACUUUUACAAAUAAAGCAGGCCAAACAUUCUUAGAAAUGGAGCGCAGUCUCUUCAGGCAGCCGGAGAAAUUCAUUUGUUUCGUACAAAUAAAUGCAUGAAUGAGUGGAAGUAAUAUGUUGUUCCUCUCUCUUUUCAGGCUGAACUGGUUGCAAAGGUAGAGAAGAUGCGUCAAAGUAUCCUCGAAGGUCUUAACUUCACCCGACCACCUCAUCCUCCUCCGUUCCCCCCACCGCCAAUUCCGCCCCCUCACGGGAUGCCUUUCUACCCUCCUAGUGGCUCCUACUUUCCCCCUAUGAUGCCUCCUCAGGGAAGAGGCAGAGGGAUGCCUGGUGGGUAUGGAAAAGCCCAUUUAGUCUGGUGUCAUGAGUCUUCAUACUGUGUCAAAGUCACUCAUACAUUCAGAUAGUUUGAUAAAGGGGGUCAUUGUAAUGAUGUGCUCCACAGAUAAACAGAGAUGAAUGAUUGCUAUUCUUUUAUUACUCCAGGACUUCAAGGAAUGUCGUCACAGGGUGGGAAGCUGGAGAUAGCUGGCACUGUGGUGGGUCAGUGGGCUGGAGCUCGACGUGGCCGAGGAAGAGGAGGCUUCCCAGUCCAGGUGGUUUCUGUUGGUGGACCUAACACAGGGUAAGAAGAGAAAGAAGAUUUAUUAUCUUGAAAACUUUACGCUCUAUCUUCUCCUUUCUGUAAGUGAACAACGAAUACUUUUCUCUGCCCUCUGCAGUCGUCCCAGAGGUGUGAUUUCCACGCCUGUCAUCAGGACGUUUGGGCGCGGAGGCAGGUACCAUACAAGAGUCUUCAAGAGUCAGACAGCGUACCUGGUAAGUCGGUCAGGUAAAUCACUCUCCACAUGGGAGACAUAUGCUUUCACUAAUAAUGAUCAUCGUAGAUAAGUGCACCUUAGUGAUAGAGCGGUUGUUAAUUCGCCAAUAAAAAAACAUCUGUCUGUGUGGUCAGAAGCUGCAGAGGCAGACAUGGGAGGAAGGUCAGAUUUGGCUCACAUUCGUGGAUCUCCAUUUAUUUGAAAUGAUUCUGAAACAUGUACUCCUACACAUAAACCUCAGACAGUGGGCCCUUUGUGCAAAACGACAUGCAAGUUGAUGUUGUUCAAAAAAAACAUUCAACCAGAUGUGUCUUCAGGGACAUGUUGAAUUCAUUGUUUAUUUCUUAUUUUUGUGCAGAUUUGUCACUUUACAGAGAUACGGGUUUGCUGUUAUAUAUAUGCAUCAAAACAGAGCUACAAAGCAGACUCUGACACAGCUCUGACCGUGUUCUGCAUGGUCCCUCAGUUUACUGAAACAAACUGAAAAACUGAAGUGAACUAGACUCCAAUCAAAGAAGAUGAUCAACAGUUUCAUCGAAUAAGUAUAAAAAAAUGCCUACAAAAUACCAAUAUUUGUGUAACACAAGAUGAAAGAGGCGAAUAUUAAAUGAAACUCAGCCAGUAGUCAUGAGAAUGCGAAAGGAUAGAUAGAAGUUUUAGGCAAGAGGAACAUCAUGAGGUUGUCCUUGGAAAAAUUUGACGGAAGUCUGCUUUCAAUUCAGUCAUUCAUGUAAACAAUGAGUCAAAAUAAUUAUUUUUUUCCUAAAGGGAUAUUCGGGCGUAAAAUUCUGUUAUGGUCGAACACACCAAAACACAGAUUUAGACCAUAACAGAACCCCCUCGAGAGAUAACUGUUGACAACUGCUUGCUUCUCUAGUUAUACCAACUUCAGCAACGACCGCACGAUAGCAAUACACAGCGGUCUAUGUCUCCACACGCAAACCUCAACCUAAAAACCACUCUAUAGUCACAAAUAAUGCUCAGAACAGCACCUAACUUCAUCAACAGUACAUAUAGGGUCCCAGCCAUAUUACUAGCCAUCAGACAUCUUUUUUGCUUUGCCUGGUUUCUUUAUCAAAGAGACUAAACACAACUCACCCACUCUCCUCCAGCAGCAGCUUGGUUGUGAGGAAGCCCCGAUGAGUUGAUCACCAAGUGCAACGGAGUUUCACAGCUCAAGGAAGAACAUUUAUGAUCAUUACUUCAUGAAAAUGCUAUCAGACCAAGACGCUAAGGUAGAAGAACUACAGUGCUAGUAUAGUAGUACAGUCUGCAGUGCAAAUAAUUAUUAUAAUGAUGAUUACUUCAAGGAAAUCAUCUGCUGCACUUGGUUAUCGACUCGUCAGGGUUCUCCUACAAACAAGCGGCUGCUGGAAGAGAGUGGUUGAGUUGUCAUUGGUCUCUUUGCUUAAGAAACCAGGCAAAGCUAAAAAGAGGUUUUGUGACUAGUUCUUUGUCUGGGAACCUAUUUGACCCUAUAUAUAAGGGCUCUUUGGGAACAUAGGAUCCAGACCUUUACAUGUUAUCACUCUGUGCUUGCGCAAGUUCAGGACAGCUCAUAUAACAAAUGGUGGGAGUGAGGGUCUGUGUUAGAUGAGGGACACUGUGACUACAUGCCAACAGAGAUAUAAAUUACAAAAUUCCUGUAAAACAUACCUGAUUUCACCGUAGAUGAUGUUUUAGUGAGCUUGUGUUGGUAAUUGGUUUUGGUGAUUCCUCUUGUGCACAAGGUGCAAAAUCUGAGUGUUAAACUUGGACAAGUGCACAAAUGUUAAACGAGUUAGGGAUGUCCAAAAUACCAAUGACCACACCAACAAAGAGCAUUUGUUCACUGCAAGACACAUGUAAUUUAAACCGUAGUCUGUAUCAUUCUGUUCGAUUCCUUCCCAUCCCUCCAUUCACUGCAGGUCAUCUUCUUCUCUAUUUGCUUGUUGUGCUCUUACUAGCCAGUUGUUACAAUACACCAAGGCAAAAAAAAAUGCCUGUAAAUGAUCAAUAAUGCUGCUAGGUUUAUAUUGUUGAAUUGCAUCCUAAAUAGAAUAUAAAAAUGAAUGGACCGUCAAUGAACAUGAAAGCAAUAACAGUUCAUUAAAAAGCUGGAAAAAAAACCCCGCAGGAUUGUUUUCUCAGGGAUGUGAGAUUAUUAUGUCCGCCCGCGGUAACGUUUUACUUUAGACAAAGGUCAUAAUACAGCUGUUGCUCUUUUCACUGUUUAAUUACAGUGCAAAACAAAAUUCCAACACCAUUGUUGGAGCUCUCAGCGCAGGAUGAGUGGGAACUAAACAGCCCUCAGCAGGUCUUUGUUUCCUUUUAAAACCCUUUAAUUUUACUGCUAAUUAACUUCUAAUUUGCCCUCCAGUCAUUUUGUUUGUAACAAAAACCUUCUGCCCACAUCUAAAUUUUCACCAUAUGCACAUCAUUUCAAAGAAGGAUCCUCAAAGUCACCGUCAGAUCCUUACUGUCUUUGUCAUCAGUAAAAAAAAUCCUUUUCUCUCUCUUCUUUUGUAGCCAAGUAAGCCCUCUCAUAAGCCUGCUCAGACAUCCGGGCAUGACGCAGUGAAAGAGAGAAAGAGGUCCAAAGCAGAGGAGAGAAAAUCCUCCGCUGCACCGUGCGAUGGCUCAACGACGGAGAAUGGUGUGGAGGACAAAGAACCGCACCAGCUCAACGGAGAUAAAGAGGAAUGCAGGGCUCCCAUCCAACCUGAAAGUGCCUUCAGAUGUGACUCCAAGAUGUGCAAUUCUAAUCCUCACUUAAAUGCACUAAAUGCAGACAGUGGCUGCCAUAGAGAUGAGGGUCUGGAGGCCACUGUCUUAAGUAAUGAAGAGUAAGCCUAUUUUUCUAGAGAGGGUGAAGAAUGAAAGGUGGAGCAGAGUUAGAUUUUGUGGGAAUUUGAAACACCUACAGUCAGUGUACUUUCUUUCCUAAUACAAAGAAGAGAGAGAUCAAAUUUAGACCCUUCUCAAUAAACAUGAGAUUGAUUUCACUGCUACUUUAAGAAGUUGUUCACUUGUUAAUGUAACACUACUAUUCCUUUGCAUUAGAACAUUAAAGCUUCAAAAGCUUUAAUCUGAAAUAUUUUAGUUCUUAUGGGGUUGAUACUCACUGUUAUAUGUUUGCAUAAGUUAUCAGUUUAUUGUUGUUAAGGUAACAGAGAAAAGGAAAGGGCAACCACAUCUGCCUUGGUCCAAUUUCACUUUGGUUCAUAUAGAAGCUACCGAGUCCAUUGGUUCAGAUAAUUUCAGUCAUUUUUCUGCAACAUUUCAAAAAAUUGCUCUAAAAAUCAGACACGAGAUCCUGUCAAACUCUGAUAUUGACCUUUUUGAAUCAAAUCUAGAGCUGUAGUAUUAUCGCUUCAACAAAAAAAAAUUAAAAAAAAAACCUUCUCUGCAUGGUUCACAAUUUAAGAGGUGUGUAGUUAUUAUGCAUGUAGACCGUUUUCUUCUAUCAUCACAGGUACUGUGCCCACUUGCAAAUGAAAAAAAAACAGCUAAUAUCACUGAUAGCCCAUAAAAGUUAACUGUUGUACAAGAUUUGUUCUGACCUCUGUUUGUGAGAAUGACCUGUGUUGCAUUUAAUUAUAAAAAGGUGAGAGUAAUCAGCCACUUUGAAGUAGUGAAUUUACACAAUAUUGUUCUCUGUUGUUGUUUUCUCUAUCAGUCAAAUAUAUCUGAAAAAAAUCCCUUUGACAGCUGUGAUCAGAAUCACUCCAUAUUGUAGCUUAAAGCAACACACUCCACCUUCUGAUUAACACUUUAACCGUCUGCAGUAAUCGGUUAAGUGCUUUCUUUCAGUGUUGUUUUAAAGUUGUACCUCCUUUACACCAGAAUGGUCCUCUAACAUUUCCUCUUCAAACUUCUGAAUUGUCCCUCUCAUCCUCCACUAGUGACCAGACAAAUGGUGUAUUCCCCAGUCCCCUGCAAGAGCUGAAUAGGUUUAACCUUUGAUGUAAGUUGAUCAGAGUUUCUAACUCAUGGAUUGCAAAAGAAUGAGCUGCUGUUGGGUUUGAUUGGAUGUUGAUGGAUUGUGGCGUGGUGUAUUUGAAGAAACUUAGCUACAAUGCUUAAUAAAACUAUAUUCUUUCAGUAUAA